UACAAAAGUGAGUCGUAGUGGGCACUACACUGUGUUUUCCUUUUUGACCCUAAAGGGCUUCCGUGCGCAUCCUUCCCAGCUUGAAAAAGACUCCUCCCCUCGUUCGAGAUCUCAGGUCCGACCUAUCGGUGUUGAGGACUACAUUUCCCAGGGUGACUCUGUACGCAUGCGCAAUGUUACCGGCGCGCCAUCUUGACAGCGGGAGUCGCAAUCAAACUGAGCGGAGCCUUUCCUGUCGGAUGGUUCCUUGAUCGGACCUUCGACGGGAGGUGAGUGGUGAAACGCUGAGUCCUGCUGCCGGGCGAGGCACAAGUGGGCGAUCCACACAGAGUUCCAAUUGUGUCCGUGGAGAUGGAAGGAGUGAUUUCUCCCCUCACAGAAUCAAAACAAAGGGAAGAUUCCAUCUAAUCUCACCUCUGGCUUUCCUUGUGCAGGGAGGGCGCCCUGUGGAGGAGAAGCCAGAAUGCCAGUUGUGUGGCCCACGCUCCUGGACUUUAGCAGGGAUGAAUGCAAGAGAAUUCUUCGCAAGUUGGAACUGGAGGCGUAUGCGGGCGUUAUUAGUGCUCUUAGGGCACAGGGAGACCUCAGCAAGGAGAAGAAGGAGCUUCUAGGAGAACUUUCCAAAGUAUUAAGCAUUUCAACAGAGCGACACCGCGCUGAGGUCCGAAGAGCCGUCAACGAUGAGCGUCUUACAACUAUUGCCCACAAUAUGUCUGGUCCAAAUAGCUCUUCUGAGUGGUCAAUAGAGGGACGACGCUUGGUACCCCUGAUGCCGCGCUUAGUCCCUCAAACAGCUUUUACAGCUACGGCCAACGCAGUGGCUAAUGCUGCAGGGCAUCACAAUGCCUCCCUUCCUGAUCCUGCAGAGACUGGCAACAAAGAAGUGGUGGUUUGUUACUCCUAUACGAGUACUACAUCAACACCGACUUCCACCCCAAUUCCUAGUGGAAGUGUAGCUACUGUGAAGUCCCCUCGCCCUGCCAGUCCUGCGUCCAAUGUCGUUGUCCUUCCAAGCGGCAGCACCGUCUAUGUCAAAAGUGUCAACUGCUCAGAUGACGACGAGAAGCCACGUAAAAGGAGGCGCACAAAUUCCAACAGCUCUUCUCCAGUGAUACUAAAGGAAGUGCCCAAACCCACCACGCCAGUCUCCAAAACAAUCACGGUGCCUGUGACUGGCAGCCCCAAGAUGAGCAACAUCAUGCAGAGCAUUGCCAACUCCUUACCCCCCCACAUGUCUCCUGUGAAGAUCACAUUCUCCAAGCCUUCAACCCAGACCACAAACACUUCCACACAAAAGGUAAUAAUAGUUACCACCUCUCCGAGUUCAACAUUCGUUCCCAACAUAUUAUCCAAGUCCCACAAUUAUGCUGCUGUCACAAAACUGGUCCCCACUUCUGUCAUCACCUCGGCAACACAAAAGCAGCCGCUUGUAGUCACUGCCUCUCAGUCCUCUGUAGUCGCAAGCAGCAGUUCAUCUUCUCCACCACUGAGCUCCGCUAGUAUUGCUGUUACUUCAGUGGUAUCCUCUACUCCAUCUCUGCUCAUGUCAACAGUAGCACAAGGUACUUCAUCAUCUGCAGUCAAGGCAGCAACCAAUAGAUUACCAUCCCCCAAAAGUCUGGUUACUUCCCCCAGUCAGAUCUUGGCCCAGUUACCAAAACAAUACCAGCAGCCCCCCAAGCAUCAGUUACAUCAGAUAUCCCCACAGACGCAGCAUCUGACCCAGGCCACAGCAAUUGCACAUCCAGCUACAAUGACUCACCCACCCACUGCGCAGCCUGCUGCCAUGAAACCAACCAUACAGAUCAAGCAGGAAUCCGGUGUUAAGAUCAUCACUCAGCAAAUGCAGCCCAGUAAGAUUUUGCCCAAACCAGUCUCUGCAUCCCUGCCAAAUAGCAGCAACGCUCCCAUUAUGGUGGUGAGCAGCAAUGGGGCAAUCAUGACCACAAAACUGGUCACCACCCCUAGUGGGACACAAGCCACAUACACACGCCCAGCUGUCAGCUCUGCAUUGGGAGCCCGUAUGGCUGCUACACCCGGGGCUACCUAUGUAAAAACCACAAGUGGGAGCAUAAUCACCGUGGUACCAAAAUCACUGGCAACACUCGGAGGAAAAAUCAUAAGCAGUAAUAUAGUGACAGGUACAACAACAAAGAUCACCACUAUUCCCAUGACCUCUAAGCCUAAUGUGAUUGUGGUACAGAAAACUACAGGCAAAGGCACAACAAUACAGGGCCUCCCGGGGAAGAACGUAGUGACCACAUUACUGAAUGCGGGGGGGGAUAAAACCUUACAAGCAAUGCCAGCAGGAACAAAGCCGACAAUAAUCACUGCAACUCGUCCAAUCACCAAGAUGAUCGUGACACAGCCCAAGGGAAUGGGAUCGACUCUUCAGCCAACAACCAAAAUGAUCCCUACCAAAAUAGUGUACGGGCAACAAGGGAAGACCCAGGUUCUCAUAAAGCCCAAGCCUGUAACAUUCCAGGCCACUGUGAUGAGUGAACAGACCAGGCAGCUGGUAACAGAAACCCUGCAGCAAGCCUCCCGCGUGGUGGAGACCACAAGUGCUACCAUUCAUGAAGUCAAAGAAGAUACAGAGAGCAGCUCCUCUUCCACAGAGUCCUCCCAGAGCUCUCAAGAUUUCCAGCCUGUUGUUCAUGUUAUUGCUUCUCGAAGCCAGGAUUGGGCAGAACAUGAAAUAGCCAUGGAUACCACUCCUACCAUCAUCUACCAGGACAUUGCUGGGGAAUCCCAGUCUGCUACAUCCACCAUUAAGGCCCUUAUGGAGCUCCAGCAGACUGCAGUGAAAGAGAGAGUGGAAAAUAAACCACGGCAGCCGACCAUUGAUCUUAGUCAGAUGGCUGUUCCCAUUCAGAUGGCUGCAGAUAAACGUCACGCUGAAGGUGGCUCUAUUGCUGUGGUGGAGUCAGAGCUGGUGGCAGAAUACCUAAGUACAGGCAAAUCAAGACAAGUGACUUCUAGUAACACAGUGAGCUCUGGGGAUGUGCCUCUUCCUUCCCUCCUACAAGUGAGCCAUCCAACUCAGCAGCUGCAGCAACUGCAACCCACACGCACCCUAUUGCAGCACGUUAGCCAGUCCCAGACUGCAGCACAGGCAUCUGUAGUGGUGAAAUCCAUCCCUACCUCCUCCAGUGGAGCCAUCACUCAUAUCAUGCAACAGCAUUUUACUAACUUUGUCUCACAGGCACUGAGCAGCCACACGGCCUUCAGCAAGAGAAGUGAGGAGACUGUGGCCGAAGAGGGGGAAGUGGAGGAAAUGGACACUUUGGAUCCCCAAACUGGCAUUUUGUACCGAGCUGCCAUGGCCCAGAAGCAGCAGAAACAGAUCCAUGUUCAGCAGGAGGGAGCUCAGCUCCAAGUGAGGACCUUACAGUCUCUGCAGACCAAACAGAAGCAGCUCAUUCAGCUCCAGCCGGAUCAAAUGCAGCACAAACUCCAACAGACGGCUCAGCUAUCCAUCAGGCAGCAGAAGAUCACUCCUAUGCAGCAAGAGCGCCACCUGCUGGUGAAAGAGCGGCACAUCCCUAACAUCGUGUCUCAGCCCCAGCAGACUGUCGUGCAAGUUCUGGCAGUUAAAACCACUCAGCAGCUGCCCAAACUGCAGCAGGUUCAAGGUCAACAGAAGAUCUACAUGCAGACCCCUAUACAAGUGCCAGUCUCCUCUGAGAAACAGCUUGCUUCUCAGGUUACACAACCAAUCAUGUCCCCGGGAUCCGCUGUUACAAAGAUCACCUUUGAGGGCCACCAGCCUCCUACUGUUUCCAAGGCAACGGUUAGUGACUGCCUGCCCAAACUGACUCCGGCUCUUGCUAGCAUCCUACCUUCCUCCCAGAGCACAGACAAGGCGUCUGUAGGAGAUAUAUUGAAGAUGUCUAUGAUGGAGGCAGACAUUGAUACGAACACAGAACCCAUGAUUGUCGAUGCCCCCGCCAAAGUUGCCCCCAUUAUUAAACCCAUGCCCAUGCUUACCGAAGCUAUUGUUACCCAGGUACCAAGAUUCUCUGUUCCCAGCACAGUGACUGCUUCUGUCCCACCACCCCCAAAAUGUUUCCCAGCCCCAAUUCUAACAUCUGCCCCUCCCACUGCACUUCCCGGUCCUCUCCCACCACCUCCUCCUCUCACCAGGAAAGUUGAUGUUCCUGUCGCCAGUCAGAUCAUCCAGAUACAGAAUGUGCCACAAAAGAAACCUGAAGAAGUUCCCUCUGAAAUUAUUAUCCAGACCAUCCCUCAGUAUCAUCCCAUCCCUUGUCACUCCAGCUCCAAUGUGGUAGUGGAACCCAGUGGACUUGUGGAGAUGAGUAACUUCACCAGCCAGAGGCUCAGAGAGGAGGACGCCAUGUUGCUUCACCACGGAGAAAGCAGCAAAACCCAAGCUCCUAUCCACAUUGAGGACGUAUAGCAGCACCUCAACGAACAAACGUAUGCUGGAGUGACCUCCAACGCUUUUGUCACGUGACCUCCUACGCUUGUGUCACAUGACCUACGCUUACGUCACAUGACUCCUGUACAAUAUGGACGCCUCGUUCCCUUUUUAACAAGUGAAGAUGUUCUGUGGGCUUGAGAAGCUGGUGGUGUGACCCUAUCAGACCUAAAUGGGAAAUCAGAGGUCACGAAGAGGAGGAUGAUCGUCUUAUUGGUGCAGUCCUUUCACUGGUGCUGACAUGUUUUACAAUUUUAAAGGGACAUUUCCCAUUUGUUUGUAAGAUUUUGAAGCACACUGGGUGGAGCGGACGUUCAUAUCUGAUCAGUGGAAUUUACAUAACAUAGUCUUUGCUUCUUACUCAAGCCACACUGAUAUUCUGCAAAUCAUGAGAGACCAUUUAUACUUCUGAAUGUGUUGAAUAACUUGGCCUUGAAUUUCUACCAUUGAAGUGGAAGAAUUUUUACAUUUCCAAUGAAUUUACAAAUAUUAAAUGCUCAUUUGCCACAAAAUCCCCUUAAUUUGGAACAGUUUGUCACCUCCCUAAUAAGAAAAGGACUCGCCCUUCUUCAGCCUAGAUUAAUUCCAUUAAGCCCGUCUUUAUUUCCCCACAGGCCCAUAAAAACCUGUAAAAUGUAGCAAUGUCUACAUCUAUUGGUCAUAAAAGUGGACUUGGACUUUAUUUUUUUUUUUACUGGAGGUGAGUUUUGGGAGAUCUGUUUAGGAGUUACUUUAAUUUUUAAUGUUCAAAUCUGGAAUGAAGCAGCCUUAGAACUGCCCUUGUGUGUCACCAAUCCUUGUAAUUGCUCUGGAUCCAGUGCAGGAUGUGGUGGAGCAUUAAAGGAUAAGUAAAACCUU